ACGGCUCUCCUCCACCGCCCCAGCUACUAGAAUUCCCAAAACACCCCUGUCUUAACCCCCAUCACAAGAAAAAUUGAAAAAAGAGCAUGCAAAACCCGUUAUUUAAAAGGCUGAGCUGGGCCAAUUCCACAUUGACAUUAUUAUCUCCAACAUUUGACACUCUUCCUUCUCUACUAAUAAUUGGACCCAAAAGAAAGCUCAGGAAGAAUAAUUUUAGGAAAAGAAGCAAAAAGGAGUGGAGUCAUCAUCGAAACGGAAGCGGAACUCGCAGUGGUACAUAUAGGGCGAUGCCUUGCUCUUUAAUAGAGACUAGCAAUACUUCUUGUGGUGGUGGUGGCGGAGGUGAACAGAAUGGCCGUCUUCGUAAUUUCAAACUGAACGAGUCCACUUUCUUAGCAUCUUUGAUGCCGAAGAAGGAGAUUGCCGCCGAUCGCUUCGUUGAAGCUCAUCCUCAUUACGACGGCCGUGGCGCCCUCAUCGCAAUCUUUGAUUCUGGUGUUGACCCGGCUGCCGCUGGCUUGCAACUGACUUCAGAUGGGAAGCCAAAGAUCUUAGAUGUUAUUGACUGCACUGGGAGUGGAGAUGUUGAUACCUCAAAAGUGGUGAAGGCUGAUGGAGAAGGUCGAAUUCGCGGAGCUUCAGGGGCUUCAUUGGUUGUCAAUUCUUCAUGGAAAAAUCCUUCUGGCGAGUGGCAUGUAGGCUAUAAAUUAAUUUAUGAGCUCUUUACGGACACAUUGACUUCACGUCUAAAGGAAGAAAGAAAGAAAAUAUGGGACGAAAAAAAUCAGGAGGAGAUUGCAAAGGCUGUAAUGCAUCUUGAUGAAUUUGAUCAGAAACAUACGAAGGUGGAGGAUCCAAAAUUGAAAAGGGCCCGUGAAGACCUCCAGAACAGAAUUGACAUAUUACGAAAGCAGGCUGAAGGCUAUGAUGACAAAGGACCUGUUAUAGAUGCUGUUGUAUGGCAUGAUGGAGAAGUAUGGAGGGUUGCUCUUGACACUCAGAGUCUUGAGGAUGGUCCUAAUUGUGGGAAAUUGGCUGACUUUGUGCCCUUAACUAAUUACAGGAUUGAACGGAAAUAUGGCGUGUUUAGCAAAUUAGAUGCUUGUACAUUUGUUGUUAAUGUGUAUUAUGAGGGAAAUAUCUUAAGUAUUGUUACAGAUAGCUCUCCUCAUGGUACUCAUGUUGCUGGUAUUGCUACUGCUUUUCACCCACAGGAGCCCUUGUUAAAUGGUGUUGCACCUGGAGCACAGUUAAUUUCAUGUAAAAUUGGAGACUCGCGCUUAGGGUCAAUGGAGACAGGAACUGGAUUGACGCGGGCACUGAUAGCUGCCGUGGAGCAUAAAUGUGAUCUAAUCAACAUGAGCUAUGGAGAAGCUACAUUAUUACCAGACUAUGGGCGCUUUGUUGAUCUUGUUAAUGAAGUGGUGAAUAAACAUCGUUUGAUAUUUGUGAGUAGUGCUGGCAAUAGUGGGCCGGCAUUGAGCACGGUUGGUGCUCCAGGUGGUACCUCUUCAAGCAUUAUAGGAGUUGGUGCAUAUGUGUCUCCUGCAAUGGCUGCAGGUGCUCAUUCUGUGGUUGAACCUCCAGCUGAAGGGCUUGAGUACACUUGGUCCAGCCGAGGACCGACAGCUGAUGGAGAUCUUGGAGUUUGUAUAAGUGCUCCUGGAGGGGCUGUUGCCCCCGUUCCUACUUGGACCCUUCAAGGGCGCAUGCUCAUGAAUGGAACAUCAAUGGCAUCUCCAUCUGCUUGUGGGGGAAUUGCAUUGCUUAUUAGUGCUAUGAAGGCUGAGGGAAUUUCUGUUAGCCCAUAUAGUGUAAGGAAAGCUCUUGAGAAUACGUCUGUUCCUUUAGGUGUGCUGCCAGAAGAUAAGCUAACCACUGGACAAGGGCUUAUGCAAGUUGACAAUGCAUAUGAAUAUAUACGGAACUCUCGAGAUUUUUCAUGUGUUUGGUAUCAAAUAACGAUCAAUCAAUCUGGAAAAUCAACUCCUGCAUCACGAGGUAUCUACCUAAGAGAGGCCACUGCUAGCCAACAAUCUACUGAGUGGGCAGUGCAAGUUGAACCAAAAUUUCAUGAAGAUGCAAGUAAGUUGGAAGAAUUGGUUCCUUUUGAGGAGUGUAUUGAGCUACAUUCUAGUGAUAAUACAGUUGUGAGAGCUCCUGAGUAUCUUCUCCUCACUCACAAUGGGCGUAGCUUCAACAUAGUUGUUGAUCCUACCAAACUUAAUGAUGGUCUGCACUAUUAUGAAGUCUAUGGAAUUGAUUGCAAAGCCCCAUCGCGUGGUCCUCUUUUCAGAAUCCCAAUUACUAUAACAAAGCCCAAGGUUGUAAUGAAUCGGCCACCACUAAUUUCAUUCUCAAGGAUGUCAUUCCUUCCAGGCCAUAUAGAACGAAGGUAUAUAGAGGUACCACUUGGUGCUAGUUGGGUUGAGGCAACCAUGCGGACAUCAGGGUUUGAUACUUCAAGACGAUUUUUUGUUGACACUGUCCAGAUUUGUCCAUUGCGAAGGCCUAUCAAGUGGGAGAGUGUUGUAACAUUUUCUUCUCCCACUGCCAAAAGCUUCGCCUUUCCUGUUGUAGGUGGUCAAACAAUGGAACUAGCAAUAGCUCAGUUUUGGUCAAGUGGCAUGGGAAGUAAUGAGGCAACUAUUGUAGAUUUUGAGAUCGUCUUUCAUGGAAUUGGGGUCAACAAAACAGAAGUAGUCCUUGACGGAAGUGAAGCACCCAUCAGAAUUGAGGCUGAAGCACUAUUGGCGUCAGAAAAACUUGCCCCCACUGCUGUUUUAAACAAGAUAAGAGUUCCAUAUCGACCUACAGAGGCAAAACUUUGUACUCUUCCGACCAAUCGUGACAAAUUACCAUCAGGGAAACAAAUACUAGCACUGACAUUAACCUACAAGUUUAAAUUGGAAGAUGGAGCAGAAGUAAAACCUCAUAUUCCUUUGCUCAACAAUCGCAUAUAUGACACUAAAUCUGAGUCCCAAUUUUACAUGAUUUCUGACACAAACAAGCGUGUAUAUGCAAUGGGUGAUUGUUAUCCUAAGUCUUCAAAACUUCCAAAGGGCGAAUACAUUCUCCAACUGUAUUUGAGGCAUGACAAUGUGCAGUACUUGGAAAAAAUGAAGCAAUUAGUUCUAUUUAUAGAAAGGAAUUUGGAGGAAAAGGAUAUUGCUCGAUUGAACUUUUUCUCUGAACCAGAUGGCCCUGUGAUGGGAAAUGGUACCUUUAAAUCCUCUGUUUUGGUUCCAGGGAAAAAGGAAGCAUUUUAUUUAAGUCCUCCAAACAAAGAUAAGCUUCCAAAGAAUUCUUCACAAGGAUCUGUCCUGCUGGGAGCAAUAUCACAUGGGAAGCUAUCAUAUGCCAGCCAGGAAGAGAGAAAAAAUCCAAAAAAGAAUCCCGUAUCUUAUCAGAUCUCUUAUGUGAUACCACCCAAUAAGACUGAUGAGGACAAGGGCAAAAGUUCUUCUUCAACUUGCACUAAAACUGUAGCUGAACGUUUAGAAGAAGAGGUUCGAGAUGCAAAAAUAAAGGUUUUUGGAAGCCUGAAGCAAGAUACUGAUGAAGAUCGGUUAGAAUGGAAAAUUUUAGCUCAAUCUCUCAAGUCUGAAUACCCUAAAUACACUCCACUGCUUGUGAAGAUAUUGGAAAGUUUGCUUUCCCAGAGCAAUAUUGGGGACAAAAUCCACCAUUAUGAAGAGGUUAUAGAUGCAGCAAAUGAGGUGGUUGAUAGUAUAGACAGAGACGAACUGGCAAAAUUCUUUUCACUUAUGAGUGAUCCAGAAGAUGAGGAGGCAGAGAAAAAUAAGAAGAAGAUGGAGACAACUCGUGAUCAAUUAGCAGAGGCACUGUACCAAAAAGGACUGGCACUGGCUGAGAUUGAAUCUGUAAAGGGCGAGAAAGCUUCAGCCUUGGUUACUGAAGGCACCAAAGACGUGGAUCAAGCUGGUGACGAAGGGAUAGAUAUCCAGUCAGACUUAUUUGAGGAAAACUUCAAAGAACUGAAUAAAUGGGUAGACCUGAAGUCCUCUAAGUAUGGCACACUCUCUGUACUACGUGAGAGACGCUCUGGAAGGCUUGGAACUGCUCUAAAGGUACUAAAUGACAUGAUUCAGGAUGAUGGAGAGCCUCCCAAGAAGAAAUUCUAUGAAUUGAAGCUCACUUUGCUUGAUGAUAUUGGAUGGAGCCAUUUGUCAACAUAUGAAGGACAAUGGAUGCAUGUGCGCUUCCCUACAAGCUUGCCUCUCUUUUAAGGUUGCUCAAAUUUAUGAGACCAGGUGUAUUCUGAUAGGGGAACCUGGUUAGGUGCCAGUUCCAGUUUGACAAAAGAUUGAACAUUGUAAGGAUGGUUUGUUUUUUUAGAUAAAUCAUUGUGAGGAUGGUUUCCAUGAUAAUAAAAUACAAUUCUCUUGUCAAA